CGAUACCUACAUUUGGCGCAGUCGGAAAAAGGAGUAAGAUGGCAGACAGAGUGACUCAACCGACCUCGACCCGCAAACACAGGCCAUCCCGGGGGAUGCUCGCUACACAUGUGGAGAAACUCCGGAAAAUGGCGGAUCAGCUGUUGCGGGAGGCUCGGAGGUUGUCGGACGAUGGUCCGGAGGACACUGUAAGCGGCUGGUCGGCCGAACGUGCAGCAACCGCGUCGUUCAGACGAAUUCGGGCUAACCCAACAGCGUGGGCGCUAUUCGAGCGGGGGUUCACCGAGGGACGGCGCUCCGCGCGGGAGGCGACCCCACAACAUGAGAUAAGACUUAGAGUUGGAACUUCCGGAUGGGUGCCGUCCAGGCGUUUGGCAUCAUUGUACCAGCGCCACGACGUGCGGGACCGGCGGGGCCAUUUCCAGCUACAGCAGGCUCUGGCGCAACCACUGAUCCAACAGCAGCAGGCACCGGCGCAACCACCGGCCCAGCAGCAGCAGCAGCAGCAGGCACCGGCGCAACCACCGGCCCAGCAGCAGCAGCAGCCGACAGCUGUGAUGCAGGCCCCAGCACCAACGACAUUACCAAUGCCAGAGGUACAGCUCGCCACUGUGGAGAAGUUGAUUGAGGAAAUGGAGGUGACGGCCACCAUGCCUUCAACCUAGCCAUCAGGGUGGCAGUCGCGUCUCGUGGACUUGGGGGGGAGUAUGUCGCGGUCGUUAUCGCAACGAUCGCGGUUACUUAUCUAAGUCCGCGACCGGGGACCGGUCCGGCCA